CCGAUUAUCUAUGCCACAGACGCCAAAUGUCGCCAUCGAUCAAUGACAUUUUGUGAAGUUGAAUUUAUUGAUAUAAAGCGUUAAUGUAAAUAAUAAACAAUUUCAUCAUAAAAGUCGGCUUCUAGUCGAUAUGUAUGCCAAGGGCAAAGGCUCUACGGUGCCUUCGGACGCUCAGGCUCGUGAAAAAUUGGCACUUUACGUGUAUGAAUACUUGCUUCAUGUUGGUGCAACCAAAGCCGCUCAGACCUUCCUCUCGGAAAUACGAUGGGAGAAAAAUAUAACGCUCGGCGAACCGCCCGGGUUCCUUCACUCGUGGUGGUGUGUGUUCUGGGAUCUGUAUUGCGCAGCGCCAGAAAGGCGGGACACAUGUGAGCACUCAUCGGAAGCGAAAGCUUUCCACGACUAUGGAUUCGUCAAUUCAGGAUAUAAUGGAAUUGGUCACAAUGCCGGCCCGGCGCCGCCUAAUGACGGCAUGGGCGGUGGAGGCAUGCCGCCAGGAUUCUUCCCAAACUCACCGCUACGGCCGUCGCCGCCGGCCCCGCACCCCGGCAGCCAGCCGUCCCCGCACGGUCCCCAGCCUCAGCUCAUGGCCACUGGCCAGCCUUUCAUCGGGCCAUGGUACUCUGGCGGUGGGCCGCGAGGGGCGGUGCGGAUGGGUAUGGGAAAUGAUUUUAACGGACCCCCAGGUCAGGGCAUGAUGGGGAACUCAAUGGAGCGCGGCGGCGGCGGCGCGUCGGCGGGGCUGCUGGGUGGGCCGCGCAUGACGCCGCCGCGGCCCGGCAUGGGGCCCAUGAGCCCCGGCGCCUACGCGUCCGGCAUGCGCGGCCCUCCGCCGCAGGGACCAGGUAUGCCUCCGAUGGGUAUGGGACCUCGGGGCGCGUGGGCGGGCGGCAGCGUAGGCGGCGGCGGCGGCGGCUCCGCGCCCCUCAACUACAGCGGGGGCUCGCCGGGCGCCUACGGGGCCCCGCCCGGCUCCAACGGGCCCCCGGGGCCCUCCACGCCCAUCAUGCCCAGCCCCCAGGACUCGUCCAACUCGGGGGGCGACAACAUGUACACGCUGAUGAAGCCGGUCGGGGCGGGCGCCCUCGGUGCCGAGUUCCCGCUGGCCGGCGAGCAUGGGCCCACGCCGCAGCACCUGCCACAGCCGCCCGCUGCCGAAGGGUUAGGAGGUGUGGACGGCAUGAAGUCAUCACCCGGGGGGGUCGGAGGGGGUGGACCGGGCACACCGCGGGAGGACUCGGGUUCAGGAAUGGGAGACUAUAAUUUAAGUUUCGGAGGACCAGGUGGCGACCAAAAUGACCAGACGGAGUCGGCGGCGAUUUUGAAAAUUAAAGAAAGCAUGCAAGAAGAGGCCAAGCGGUUCGAGAAGGAUCCAGAGCAGCCGGACUACUUCAUGCAGUGAACAUAAUAUCGGCGGAGCCAGCCCGCCAAGGUGGUGUGUGUGACACGACAGUGUCAGUGACACGAAAUUUUCGGUAUCACAUUCGAUUUCAGAAAAAUAAACAAAAGUAAAAAAAAAAAAAGAAAGUAUUUUAUAUGAUCUCAAAAAAUAUUUCUCUGGUGGGUUGGCGCCUCACAACGAUCUGAAGUACCAUUGUAAUAGAAAGCUGACAUUUUCAUACUUUAUUUAUUUAUUUUUACAGGUAAAAUAGUUUAUCUGUAGGAGCGUUUCGGUACUAAUGCGCUAUGUAAAAACGUUCCCUAUUUAUUUACAAUGAGUGUACAUGUUUUUAAUCUGUGUUUUUUUAUGUGCAUUUUUAAAUGAAAUCAUUGUAUUUUUUUUUCUAUUUUAGUAAUAACGGACAUAUAUUUAAAUGAAUUGAUAAUUUUUUUUAAAUGACACAGUCUAGUGGUAGUACCCAAACGCUCCAUUCAAACACUCGGUAGCAAAAUAAGUGGAUUAAGUCGCGAUCCACGUAAUAUCACGUUUAGUGGUAUUUAAUUUUUUUUUUUUUUAAAUCGAAUAUGUAUGUAUCGCCUAUACAUAUAGCAAGUAUUUAAUUGUAUUUUUAAAGUACCAACUUCGUUAGAAAUCUUUUUUUGGAUCUGGCAUGUGUUUUUAUACGACGUUUUAUAUAUGAAUUUUGUUGUACAGAGGGCGUUGUUAACAAUUUGAUGGAAACAAUAUUUUUUUUUAAUGAAUAUAUAUAUAUAUAUAUAUAUCUAAUAUAUAAAGUUCUCGUGUCGCGGUGUUUGUUACCAAACUCCUCCGAAACGGCUUUACCGAUUUUUAUGAAAUUUUGUGUGCAUAUCGGGUAGGUCUUAGAAUCGGCCAACAUCUAUUUUUCAUACCCCUCAAUGAUAAGGGUGACUCUCCCUUAAUUUUUUAUUUUUCCGACAAUUUUAUUUUUCUUUUAUUAUGAUUUAGCGUUGAAAAAUACAUACAAUUUCUAAUUUUCACGCUUUUACGAUCAACCCCUGUUGUUUAAUCGCGAUUUUUACAUUCCGCAAUAGGGUUGCAAGAUGACGAUCGAAUAUAAUAAUUGUAGUACGAUAUAUUUUCAUGUAUAGUUCUAGAAAUAAUGUAUAUGGUAAAACAACGUUUACCGAGUCAGCUAGUAUAUAUAUAUAUAUAUAUAUAUAUAUAUAUAUAUAUAUAUAUAUAUUAUUACAUUUGCUUAUCAUUGCUUUUUUUUAAUAGCUAUAUGUGUCUACGACCAGUCUAAAUUUAUCGUUUCGUAUUUCAAAACGAAUUUCUUUUUUUUUUUAUUUUAUUAAUGCCUUUUUUACACUAAGACAUAUAAAUAAGAAAAUAUUUUGCUUUCAAAUAAUACAACCAUUCGGUAAUGUUAGCUUAUUAAUAAUUCUAACCUGGCGUUGCACGGGUGGACAUUUUUACAACAUUUUAAAAAGUGAUUAUUGUGACAUAACGAUAAUAGUUGGACAUAUAGUGUCGCUAAGUUUUUUGUAGUUAUUGAUAUUUCCUUCAAUAUUGUAGAACAUACUUUUGUUCUAUCACCAAUAGUUUCCGCAGCGCACGCGACCAAAGAUAUUUCAUAGCAUUUUUUUACACCUCGAGUUACGUUACGAAAGUUUUAGUUAGGAUCCCUAAUCUUUUCUAGCAAUAAAUGUAGCCUAUGUCACUCAGGGUGAAUGUAGCUUUAUAGUGGUGAGAGAAUUUUUGAAAUCGGCAAAGUAGUUUUCGAGUUUAUUCAUUACAAACAUACAUACAUACAAAAAUACAAAUAUUUCCUCUUUACAAUAUUAUGAAUGUAUAAUUUUUGUCCCACAAUGGGAUUAUAUUGAACUAAAUAGUAUAAAAACACAUGCCACAUAGAAAAAUAAAAAUAUUUUUAUGUAUUAAGAAAGUGCGCACGCGCUGCGGCCACUCCGCAGGCGCGGGUUGAACCGCUAGGAAUAAUUUAUUUUCCUUUUUUAUUUUUCACUAAUAAAUAAAAGAAAAAAAUCUUCCACAUUUUUUUUUAAAUUAAAUUAUUUAGUAUAUAUUUUGUUUUAAGCUCUAAUGUUCCUAGUUGUAUUUUUUUUUUUGUAUUUAAGGACUCGUUCGGUACGUUAUCGCGGUGUGUCGGUGAGCUUAUGCACAUGCAUUGCGUGUUUCGCAUUAUUGCAUUAUUUGAUGCAUUCUUGUAGCGUUUAAACACUUACACUUUUGUCGAAUGUAACUUUUUAUAUUAGAAACAAGUUGAGACACGCGGCUUCGCCCGCGGUCGUGUCGUGAUAUUGCAACAAAAUGCAGAUACAAACAGAUUUUUCAAAUCCGAUUUGCAGUUACAAAGUGUUUAUUGUAUUCAGAUAAAAAAAAAAAGAAAAACUCUUAUCCCCUUAUUUAUAAAAAACGACAAUUCGCUAAUUAACCUAUUUUUGUUAUUAAACUGUUUUGUCUCUUUCUUCCCUAAUUCUGAAUUCCAAAUUUGAAAGUGGCAAAACUUGACAUUUGUUAUAGAUUUGUAAUUAGGCUUCAGCUUUUAUGAAUAAGGGCGUUACGCUUUUUUUUUUUUUUUAAAUAUUAUCGUAGUAUUGAUAAAUAAGCAAAUCGGUUUUGUUACUAAAAACUGUUAUUUUAUAUUUUACAAAAGUCGAUUGCUUGGGUACCUCUGUCCCGUUCGUGUUUCAACCGCGAAGCAGUUGUGUUUGCAUGGCUGUGUUUCAGUUUGAAGGGUGGGAUAUGGCUAUAUAUAUAAUUUACUGGGUACAGAGGAAUAACACCUGAGUCCUCAAGAAUGGCAACGCGUAAGGGGUAUCAUGGGCGAAACAGUAUACUCUGUUAUGUCCACAGUACUGCUCGUGUCUAUAGGCGACGGUUACCACUUUCCAUCAGGUGGGCCGUCAGCUUGUUUGCCAUACUAAGUUGUAUAAAAAAAAACCUUUUAUCUGAUAAGGGGUUUGUUGUAGCCUUGCACUGUCUUAUGUUUGUUUAUUAACUUUUUUUUUUUGUUUUUUUUUUAUAAAGAAAUGAAAUAUGCCGUUUAAAAAUGUGUAAUAUGUAUUCGAAUGGUUAAAUAUUUGUUUCAAUAUUAUUUUAUUAGUCGAAAAAUGCCCUUUGUUACGUAUUACAGAGACGUUACUACGUUACGUUAUUUGACAAUUUUUUUUUAAAAAAAAAAGGUAAUGUGUUUAAACGCUGUCACGUAGUUAAGAGAUUUUUUAACAGGUACCGAGAGGUGUAUUUGUAUUUUGCUACAUUUGCCGUGUUUUAUUUUGUAUUAUUGUUACAAAUGAUUAAUAUAAUACAAAAUAAAACUCGACAAAUGUAUGUGAAAAAUAGAUUUAAUUAAAUUAAAUUUUUUUUUUUCUUUUACAUUCGAAUUAGAAUGUUUAGUUCGGUUAAGAUUUUAAAUAGGGAAUUAACUAAAUGUUUUUUUGGUACGUUAAUUGUUAUUUCGGUAAAUUAAUCUCUUUUUUUUUUUUUUUUUUUUCUUCUAAUUUCGGUCUAAUGGUAUUUCGUGGAUUUUAAAUGAAAUGGGACUUUUUAUAUGUAUUUUAAAUGUAUUAGAUAUAAUGAUUAAUUUAUUAAUUAUUUGUAAUGCAUUAAAACAUUUGGAAUUUUGAUUUUUAUACAUUUUGUAUAAAUUUUUACAUGUAUGACUUUAUUUUUUUGUUGUGUAGAAACAAUUUGACCAUACAUACAGACGUACAGUAAGAUACUGCAUUUGGUAUCUGAAAAUUUGAAAAUAAAACUUUUAGUAAUAUGUGUGUACGUUAAUUUACCGUGUCACGUCACGACAUCGUACGUUUUUACCGUUACGAUAAUGAAAUUAGGCGAUCAUAAUUUAUACAAAUGUAUGGAGUAAUAAUAAUUUUCCUCGGCAAUAUCGUUGAUCGUGAAAAUCGUACCGUAUCGUGACGUGUCACGGUAAAUUAAGAAGCUUCGGAGACGUUAUAUCGAUAAGAAAGGAUAUGGUUUUAUAAGUUAAGCUAUAAAAUAUAACACAGUUGUAAAUAAAGGUAGAUCCAGUAAAGAAAAGGCGAAACGAGAGAGACCGGACCACAUAUUUACUAUUCCCAUGGUGUCGUCAGUGUCCAUGGGCUGCGGUGGUCACUUCCCAUCAGGUGUACCGUACGCUUGUUUGGCGCCUUCUUACACAAAAAAACAGAUGCGAUGAAACGUUGUUUACAGUACGGGAGUUAUUUUACCGCGAGGAUGGCGUAAUCAGAGAGGGGUCAUAAUUAUGCCAGCCGUGAACUGUCCACUGCUGGACAGGACUAGGCCUCCCCCAUAAACGAGGGUUUUGCCAGUAAUUGCCACGCUUAGCUUGGGGGUUUUUUUUUUGAUGGGUGAAAAUGGUAUGGUAACCCCGCCUGCGCUAACGGGAUCCGCUUGCGGAGCACCAGUGAAGGGUGAUAGAUGAGAAUGAAAACAGGCCAGUUAGCACAUCAUGAUGAAUUCAUCAGGAAUUAACAAUGAUAGUUUCCGGGGGGGACCGCGAGGAGGUGGACUUGGUUGGGUAUAUUGCUAGCAAUCGGAUUCUCAGUCUCCAUUACUAACAAUCCCUUUCUCCCCUAAUAGCUUAGCUUGGGUUGGUAACCGCAGUUAGGUUUUUGGAGGUGUUUUUAGACGGACGCUGCUGUCCAUUCCUCGCCCUCUUCUAGUCGCCUCUUACGACACCCACGAGAAAGGAAUGGCUGGUCCAUUCUAUGCCGGGACCACAGAGCAGAGAGAGAUAUAAACGUUGAAUAGUAACUAUCGCGUGUCGUUGGGCAAAGUUUUCAAAGACAAAAGUCACAAUUCGUCCGAAUGUUUUUGUGUCACGUGAUUGACUAUGUCACAAUUUUUUAACCGAUUUCCGUGAUUAUUUUUGCAAUCGAUACAUACGGCUUACCAAUAAUUUUGUGACGAUAGAAGCUGUCGUUUCUCAUUGUUUCGUAGCAAAUUUUUUAUGGAAACAAGCAGUAAUAUAUCUACAUAAUAUACGGCUGUAGUUAAAAACAUUGGGCACCUAAUAAUUUAUUCAAUAUGUCUUAUAAAAACAUAUUACACUGCCUCCGGCGUGCUUAACAGUCGGUACAAUGCAAUCUGGGUGGUACCCUACGUUCAUACGUCGCCUCACGAAGGUGACCUUCGUGAUCUGGUGCUCCAAAUACCUACAAGUAUUAAGUGAGACAAAUAUAUACAUAUUUUCCAGCGAUCCUUGCAAUGUUACAUUAAGGCUGCCAAUUUGUUACUUUAAAUCUACAGCCGUCAUUCUUUUAAUGUUUCUAAUAUCGAAUGUAAUGCAGUGCAGUUGUCGGAGUGCAAAUUUGAUGAUGUUUUAUGUAAUAUUUAUUUUAUAAAUGUAUUAAUUUGUAAUCUGUUGCCUUGCUAUAAAUAAAUAAAUAUGUUCUAAAUUGCUAUAACUUAGAAGAUCGUAAUAUUCGUCGAUUGCUUGGGUACCUCUGUCCCAUUCGUGUUUCAACCGUGAAGCAGUUGUGUUCGCAUGGCUGUGUUUCGAUUUGAAGGGUGGGAUAUGGCGAAUUUACUGGGUACAGAGGAAUAACACCUGAGUUCUCAGGAAUGGCAACGUAUGGGGGGUAUCAUGGGCGAAACAGUAUACUCUGUUAUGUCCACGGUACUGCUCAUGUCUAUAGGCGACGGUUACCACUUUCCAUCAGGUGGGCCGUCAGCUUGUUUGCCAUUCUAAGUUGUAUAGAAAAAAAAAUGAUAACUAUAAAAUAAACUGACCUCGAAUUUGGAUUCCUCGGACCACAUACACUCUUUCUCCGUAGUGUUGGUGUCGUAAAGCCCAUUCUAGCAGACUUCUUUUGUUACCUUCUGAAGGCUAUGGCGUCUUUCUGGCUUUACAACCCUUUAGUCCCGCUUCUCCGAGUCUUCUUGCUGUUCGAGCGAUUAUCGACUUUCCAGCCUCUUCGGAUAAGGCAGCAGCAAGCUCCGUAGAAGUUUUCUUCCUAUCUUUAACUGGUUUUAAAAUUGGGUAAGUAGGUGGCACCGCUGUUGAUUUUCAACUCUCCAUGUCUCUGAAUGCGUGAUCCUUGCGGCAAAAUUACUCUCGCGUAAAUGAGGGCUGAACAUGACCUUGUCACUAGAUGGAGUGCCGUCAAACGUCUGUUCGGUCAAGCGACUGUUAGAUGACGCAUUAUUCAAAUAUCUUCCAAUAUUUUACAUUAAAUGUCUUUUUACUGUGUUGAAUUCAAAAUUGGAACGUUAAUACUUAUUGUAUUGUGUCAUGAUUGGCGCCAACUUGCGUCUUGAAUUUUUUUUUUAUUUUUAUUUUUUUAAUCAUACACAAACCGUAAUAAAGCUGUUUAUUAUUUCAAUAAAUAAUUUGUAUUAAUUAUUUUAUUUAAUUAGUAUUAAUUCGCAAUGAUGUUAGUUGAAUUAUCUUGUAUAAAUAAUGAUUAAUGUAAUUAUAUUUUAUUCUCGGUACUUGUUUAAAAAAAAAAGAAACUGAGCCAAAAUAGAUAUUUUAAUAACAGCCGACUGGGUGGUAUCGCAAAUCUAACGUUCCGUUACGCGACUGAAUUUUGCCAUUUAAUGAGAAUAAAGAGAUAUCGUAUCGGGGGAAUUCCUCGUGGAACGGAACGCGCAUUUAUUCAUUUUAAAAUUAAAUAUAAAUUGACAUUUCUUCAACAGUAACAAGUUUUAUUAGAUGUAUUUAGCGGGUCCCUGCGGCGGCUCGGUGGCGCAGUGAUACCGGUGAAAAUAUACCGGUUUUUUUUUUAACGGCAGCGCACUUGAUCCGCCGGAGUUUGGACUUCUGAGUGGAAAAUUUUUUAUGGAAAUUUUAUACCACAAGGUAGUGAUGUGUUGAUAGAUUUUUUUAAAACUCUGGUAUCUUUCUGUAGCAUAGGAUUAUUUUUCUUUUGGGUGUAUGGAAAAUCUGUAUAAAUUAGAUUAUUUCAUAGAGAGAUUUGGAUAGGUAGUUUUUAAGUUGUGGAGCAAACGCUCUGUCCAUAGUUCUGCGCAAAUUUGGGUUCCUUUAGUGAUACCAAAACGAUACCUCAAGGAUCGGUACCGGUUUUGAAUCUCGACUGAGGACAUUCGGACUUGACUUUUUUCUUAUAAAGUAAAAAAAAUCGGAUUUAAAAAAAAAAUUGUAAAUAAUAUCAAUUUGCAUGGUGUAACUGAGUAAUUUAGUUUUUUUGAUAGAAUUUUUGCGUCAGAAAUCUUGAUAAUAGUAAUAAUAAUAAAAAAAUAUAUCAAUUUUUAGCGAAAUAUACACUAAACGGACCCAAACAUUGUAAAUUUAAAACGCAGCGUUGAAAAAUGACUAGUUGUAAGGGAAACAUAGCGUAAACAGAAAAAAAAAUAUUACACAACAAUGCAAAUUUGAGAAAUAACUUUUUUUUUUUUAAAUAUAAAAGGAAUUCGGUUUUUAAGUUCAGGAACCACAUACAUGGCUGCUUUUUUUUAUCUAGUAAAAAAGUUUGUAGUUAUAUUACUGGGAAAGAAGUACAGAUAAUGAAUAGUGCGGCAGAUCAAUACUGUGUCUAUCUGCGAUUAUAGUACAAUCAAUGUAUUCAUUUCUUACGUUAAUAAUACAUUAUUUCUACGUCAUGUUGUCAGAUUCAAUUUUGGCGCGCAGUUUUUUUUUGUUUAGUCUAUGGUUAACUCUAUAAAGGAGUUUAUCUGUAACGUCUGUGAGUGGGUGUAAUAUUAAAAAAAUAGACUGAAAUUGGCGCGCUAACAUGUUAGCUGUCAAACGUUCUUUUUAUUUUUUAAAUAUUUACAUUUAACAAUAUUUCUUUUUUUGUUCUGUAAUUCUGUAUUAGAUGAGUCAUAAAAAAAACUACUUUUUUUUUUUAUUUGUAAUGAGCUAGUGUUGUCCAAUAUGCCACCGCCAAGUUUAACUUUUCCCGCCUUUACUGUUUGCACUUUGAAUCGAUUUAUUGAUUACGAACUUUAUAUUUAUUAAGGCGGAAAAGUUUAACUGAGGCGGUUAAAAAGUUACUCUGUAAGUAAAAAGCAUCAAAAUAAAUAUACUUCUUAUUAAAUGCAAUCCGGUAAAAAAAUUUACCCUGUCGGAUUUAUUCAACAGAGCCUGUGUUUAUUUGUAUGUUUGUUUUCUUUUUUUUUCGACUGCCCAUUACAAUAACAGUAAUUUGAUUAAAAUAGAAAUAUAGAACAAAGGUUUUUAAAAAUAAUUAAAAAAAUAUUUAAUAAAAAACCAAGAAUAAUGUAAACGCCAGGGUUACGACGACUUACAAAACCGAGCGGGCAUAAACAAUUUUUUUUUUCUAUUUCAUUAUUUGCAAAUAACGAACCUUUUUAUACAAUAAAUUAAAAAAAAAAUUAGCCGUGUGUGCGUGUUCCCAAUGGUAAAAUUAAAAAAGAAAAUACGAGUAGAAUGAGGUUGUAUGUUGUUUUUAAGGUAUAUUAAUUAUAUUAUUUUCCUUAAUUUUGUGAGUUAGAUAAAUGAAUUAUUUUUUUUUCUUGAUGUAACAUUUAUAUACUUGCAUAAAUAGUUAUUAUAUAUUAAAUUA